AGCCACAGAAACAGAGUGAGAGAGUGUGCCCAUUGAGCAAGUGUUCGGGUGAUCCUGUUCAGGUGUUUGGCUCCAGUCAUGGCCGGGAACUCCGAGAAGGUACCGAUCGCCUCAGCGGGACCGGAGGAAAUGCAGCAGUUUAUGCCUCCUGCAUACUCCAGCGUGGCCGAGAAACCUGCAGCGACCGGGCGCCUCCUGAAGGCCGGGAUCGCAGUGCUCGUCGCCGGGGCCGUGUUGCUCCUUCUGGGGGCCGUUGGAGCGUUUUACUUCUGGAACAACAAUGAAAAACACGUCUACAAUGUCCACUACAGCAUGAGCAUCAAUGGCAAAGUGGAGGAGGGCACGAUGGAGAUCGACACAAAGAACAACAUGGAAAAGUUCAGCACGAGCAGUGGGGCGGAUCAGGCCAUGGAGGUCCACGAUUUUGAGAUUGGAAUCACAGGGAUCCGGUUUUCAGGGGGUGAGAAGUGCUUCAUUAAGACCCAGGUGAAGGCCCGCCUGCCUGAUGUGGAGGGUCUUGACAAGGACUCAAUGACCUUUGACCUGGAGGAUGAGGUGAUGCCGGCCAAGUUUGAGGAUGACCUUGUAUGGGUGGCGGCUGGUGCGCCUCUCUCCGACUCUACUUUCCUCAGUGACAAGAUUAAGGAUUUGUGUGGAGAUCUGCCCAUCUUCUGGCUGCGCCCUACCUACUCUACCAGCGGACAUAGGAAGACGAGGGCCGCCCCCCGCCGCCGUCAGGCACCCACGGAUGAAGAAAAAGACGACGUGGAGGCCGAGUUCAACCCCGAGAACCCCUAUCACAACAACCUUGAGGGGGAGGAUAGCAUGAACAUCGACCCCAGGUUGGACCACGAGGGCGUUUGCUGCAGAGAGUGCCGGCGCAGUUACACCCACUGCCAGAGGAUCUGUGAGCCACUGGGGGGUUACCACCCGUGGCCGUACCAUUACAGAGGCUGCCAAGUGGCUUGUCGAGUGAUCAUGCCUUGCAACUGGUGGGUGGCACGUAUUCUGGGGAUUGUGUAGCGCCACGCGGCCGGUAGGAGGGAUCAGCCUUGUUUUUGGAAAGAUGAGGGAGGUGACCGACAACAUGAAGCCAGUCUUGAGUUUUCACAUACGCUAGGUAGGUAGGUAGUAUUUGCUUUGAGCAGUUCUUUGAGGCAGGCCACUUAAGGGGCAAAUAUUCGCUUGCAAAGUGAAAUUCAGUACCUAUUGUCAUGAGGAUCGAUCCUAAAUGUAUGUCAUUGAUUAGCAAAUAGGCUAAGCAUAUAAUUUAUGAUUGUAACCUUAUUGCCUUUCUGUUGAAUGUAAAUAAAUGUAAAGUGCAACAUUC